AUGUUCGCGAGCGACAGCAAGACAGAGCAACUCCACGCAGCAGUAGCUUUCGGCGACUUGCAAGCUGUCUUGCGAAUGCUGGCGGAAGGAGCAGACGCCGAUGCAGCAGACUGUUUUAAGGUACGACCGCUCCACAUUGCUGCGGAGCAAGGCCAUUUGGAAAUUAUUAAAGCGCUUCUCGAAAAGGGCUGUGAUGUAAAUGCAGAAGCAUCUGCCCCUUCUCCAGUGGGGGUCCUUGAAAGGGGUCUGACGCCGUUACAUUCAGCGGCCAGAAUUGCUGACCCAAACAUCGCGCAAACUUUGAUCACUGCAGGCGCUAAUGUUAACGCCAAGAGUAGUUCCAGAGUAUAUCCGUUACACCUUGCAGCACACCACGGACAUUUGCCUGUAGUGAAGGCACUGAUUUCGGCGAAUGCAGACGUGAAUGCCGGGGACAACGUCAGGAAAGACACUCCGCUAAUUGUCGCUGUGACGCAGAAUUUCGAAGACGUAGCCGAAUUUCUUGUGCAAAGCGGUGCUGUUGUAAAUGCCAGAAAUUCGGAGCGUUCGACACCACUACAUUUCGCAGCAAAAAAGGGAAAUAUCAAAAUAACAAAGCUGCUGCUCCAGAAUAAGGCCGCGAUUAACGCAAAGAAUGGAGAAGGCUCCACUGCAUUGCACUUGGCCGUACAAAAUAGACACACCGCAGUAAGUCAGUUUUUGAUAAACAGUGGGGCAGAUGUGAAUGUGAGAGAUAACGACGGAUGGACGCCAUUGCUUAGUGUAGCACAGAGCGAAAACUCAGCAGAAAUCGCCACACUUUUGAUUGCGAAAGGUGCUAGCGUGAAUACGAGGGACAGGACUGGAACAACACCCUUACACCUUGCUGCACGUAACAAUUUCACUGCUGUAGUAAACAUCCUGAUCGAAAGCAAAGCUGACGUUAAUGUCACUAAUAAUCGAAUGUGGACGCCACUGCAUAGCGCCGCCUACGAGGGCCAUCUGGAUACCAUAAAAAUUCUUAUCGCUAGGGGUGCAGAAGUUGAUGUGAAGACUCACGAGCUAACUACACCAUUGCAUUUCGCAGCAGACUACUGUAACGUCGAAGUCGUUAAAUACCUUUUGGUAAAAGGAGCCAAAGUCAGUGCAGUUGAUCACAGAAAAUGGACGCCACUUCACUUUGCAGCACAUCAGGGUCCCAUCCAAGUCCUUCUCAAAGAGUCGGGACUAUCGAGUGCACAGAUGCAGGCCUCUAAACUAAAUACCAUGAGAGCUCUCAUCGAAAACGGAGCAGAUAUAAAUGCAAGGGGACUCCAUAAUGAAACAGCACUCCAUGUUACAGUACAGUGUGAUGAGCCCGUCAUUGCAAGAUGGCUGUUAGAAAAUGGUGCACAUUAUGAUGUGAAGACUGCCCCCUACUUAGGAAACAUGACCGUCUCAGAGACUGCUGCGAAGAAAAGGAACGAGAAUAUAAAUGCCUUAUUGCGUGCUACUGAAGCGCUAUUUCAAGCUCUGAAAAAAUCUAAGUGUGCUGAAAUUGAAAAAUGUAUUCAGGAUGGGGCACCAGUCAACAGCAGCAGUGUGAAGUAUGGAACACCGCUUAUCCAUGCAUCUUGGAAAGGACAUUUGGCCGUUGUUAAUGUUUUGCUUAAAAAUGGGGCUGAUAUUAAUUUGAGCAACAGUAAUGGCGUCACUCCACUACAUUACGCAGCAAAAUUUGGGCAUCAUGAAAUACUGUGCGCCUUAUUGCAAAAUGGUGCAGUAUACAAUGCAAGAACCAAAAUAGGUAAAAAGACACCACUACAUUUCGCCGAAGAAGGAGGAAAAAAAGAAGUUGCAGAGACUCUAAAAUUGAUUGAAUGUAUGUUCAUUAGAAUAAGCGGGAACGAUAACACAGUGAUAAAAGAGUUAAACGAAUUAAAAGUGAUAAAAUAUGCAGAAUUUUUUGCCAUAAAAAACUGCAAGAAUGAAAACAAAGAAACUAUGAUAGAAAUAGCUUCAAGAAAUGGAUAUGAAGAACUUUGUGAAUUGUUUUGUGAUUUGUAA